AAACACCCCGGUGUCUCACGCUGUCCUUGGCACAAACUGACUCCACCUUUGGGAAGAGAAACUUUGAGCCGAUGCUGACUGUGGAGCUGUGUGGGACAGCAGGUCUCACGCCACCCACCACUCCGCCAUACAAGCCCGCCGAGGAGGACCUGUACAAGCCAGACAUCUCCCAGGAGCCAGGGAAGGAGGACGGGACGGCUGCCAGCCCUGGGGGCACAGGGGACGUGGCAGCCUCCCGGAAAGCUCCCAAGAAGCACCCCGAGAGGACAGAGCUCUUUGCCCACCUGAGCCGAGCCGCCGGGCGCCCCGUGCUCCCCGAGCAGCAGGUCGUGCUCAAGCGGCCCUUCUCCCGUUCCUUCGGGGACCAUGACUACUGCCAGGUGCUGAAGCCCGAGGCUGCCCUGCAGAGGAAGGUGCUCAAGUCGUGGGAGCCCCCAGGCCAGGUGGAGACGGAGCACAAGAGGAGGGUCCCGGCCGCCCACUACCAAGGGCUAGACCUUGGCAGCAAGGAGGCAGGCAGCCAGAUGCUGUGGAAGGAUGAUGUCAAGCUGCUGAGAGACCAGGAGAUCAGAGCCAGCUUAACGAAGCACUUUGGCUUUCUGGACAGUGCUCUUGAUGACGAGGACAUGGUCUUCUGCAAGACCCCUGAGUAUGACACCGUCUUUGAAGACAGCUGCAGCGAGAGCCGCUCCCCCCUGGACGAGGGGGCUUUUUUGAGGAGGAGGAGGAGGAGGAAGAGGAGGAGCACAGCAACACCAAGCUGUGCCUGCGGAGAAACCCCCUUUCCAGGACCAGUUUGCAUUACUGUUCCCGGAGCAGGUCCAGCUCGGGGUCUUCGUGCUGCCGGUCCCGAUCGCCCGCGAGCAGACGCACCUUCAGGUACAGGGGGCUCGCGGGAGGGGCACUUGGGGCUGCUCUUGCCCCCUGAGUUUUUGCCCCAGUGUGAGAGCAGCGAGCAGUGUCAGGGCAGGAGCGGGCACCGGGGCCAGCUGGAGAAGAGACGGGAAAAGGCCAUCGGGGAAGGCCGGGUGGUGUAUAUCGGAAACCUCUCCAGCAGCAUGAGCUCCAGCGAACUGAAGAAACGCUUCGAAGUGUUUGGUGAAAUUGUGGAGUGUCAAGUCCUGUCCAGGACUAACAGGGGGGAUAAAUACGGCUUCAUCACCUACCGGUAUUCAGAGCAUGCCGCCUUAUCGCUGAAGAACGGCACCUCGCUAAGGAAGAGGAACGAGCCUUCGUUCCAGCUCAGCUCCGGUGGCCUCGGGCACUUCUUCUGGACCAGAUACGCUGAUUUGGAUUGCAGCGCAGAGGAGUCCUCCCCAGCUCUGGUGAAAAGCAAGUACGAGACCAUGGAUUUCGACAGCUUGCUGCAGGAGGCCCAGCUAAGCCUGCAUCGGUAA